AUGUGGUUUUCUCAUCCUGAUUUCUUGAGAAUGGUGGAAGAUUCUUGGAAGUCUCCGGUUUAUGGUAAUUUGGAUUUUAUUUUUCCUUAUAAAUUGAAAAGGUUGAAGGAGGCAAUCAAAUUGUGGAAUCAAACGGUCUUUGGAAAUGUUAAUGCUAGGCUGAAACAAGCUCAACUUAAGUUUGAAGUGGCUUGUAGGAAUUCUGAUGAGGAUCCUUUUAAUACUUCUAAAUUGAACAUUAUGAAGGAUUCUCUGGUGGCGGUUCAAGAUGUUCGUAUGCAACAUCUUACUAUGUUGAAACAAAAGGCUCGUAAUAGGUGGAUUUUGGAGGGUUCUAGUAACACUUCUUUUUUUCACAGCAAUAUAAACAUUCGAAGGAGCGCAAAUACAAUCUCGGAGUUGGUUACUGAAGACGGUGUGACUAUCUCAGAGCCUAUUCAGCUUCGUGACCAUGUGGUUUCUUAUUAUGAGUCGAAGUUCAAUGGUGUGGAGCUUCCUAUUGAGGAUAAUCUCUUUGAUUAUGAGCAUGAGUCCAUUUCUUUGACUGAAAGGCAGAUGUUGGAUGCCAUUCCUUCUUUGGAUGAAAUUAAAUCAGCAGUUUUUUAUUUAGGUGCGGAUAGUGCUCCGGGUCCGGAUGGUUUCUCAGGGUGUUUUUAUAGACAUUGUUGGGAUAUAAUUCAGCAAGAUCUUCAUUCGGCUAUUGUUUAUGCUUGGACUUCUAAGUCAAUUCCGAAGGGUUCGAAUUCUAGCCUAAUUAUUUUGAUUGUUAAGGUUAGAGGUGCGGAUAGCUUGAGGAAAUAUAGACCUAUCGGUCUAAGCAAUUUCUUCUUCAAGAUUUUCACUAAAAUUCUGGCUACUAGGCUUGGUCGGGUGUUGGAUAAGUUAGUGUCAGAGGAGCAGGGAAAUAUGAAGAGCUUGAGAAGUUUGGUGAAGUUGCUAGAUUCUUAUCAGCAAGCUUCAGGUCAGCGUGUUUGUAGAGAGAAGAGCAAAAUUUACUUUGGUGGUGGCUCUUUGAGUAGACGUCAUACCAUUGCUGCUUUUCUAGGGAUGGAAGUUACGCAUUUUCCUGAUCGUUAUUUGGGGGUGAAAGUUAUGCCUGGUGCGGUGAGAUAUCAUCAUAUUAGCAAUGUGGUGGAUAAGCUUAAAGAGCAACUUUCGGUUCUGAAAGUGGCCGGUGAAAUUCAUUCAGCAAAUCCUGUGGAGGAGGGUGGUCUUGGAAUCACUAGUUUAAAAACUAUGAACAAGGCUUUGCUUAUGAAGCUUUGGUGGUCUAUUAAAUCUUCUUCUAAGAAGUGGGCUCGUUUUUUGGAGUCUAAAUUCACUUGCAGGGAUGGGCGUCUCAAGAUGGCUGGUGUAAAAUCUUCUAUUCUUCCUGGAAUUCGUUGGGUUCAUAAGGAAGUUGUGAAUAAUACAAAAUGCAUCAUUGGAGAUGGUAGGAAUACGUCUCUUUUCUAUGAUGUGUUGUAUGGAAGUGAGACUUUGGCAAGUGUUCUUAAUCGUUCAGACUUGGACAGAUCAGGUCGGGUUUGUGAUAUUAUUUCACAUGGAAAUUGGCUGUUGCAAGGAGCUCACCUGCAAGAUCUUGUAAGUGCUGGUAUGGUUAUGGAGAAUUUGCCAACGCUUUGUAGUGGGAGGGACAAGAGGAUUUGGAUGCCUGAUAUGAAGGGUGUGUUUUCAGUUAAGUCAGCUAGAGAAUUGAUUAGAAAUAAGUUCCCUACUAUGAAAGAAGCUUCGCUAUUGUGGAGGAAAGUUGUGCAUCCUUCUUUGGCGGCUCAGAAUUGGAAGUUUGUUCGGGGAGCGUGUGCAACUCUUGAUAAAGUUCGCAGCAGGUUUAAGAUUCAAUUGGCUUCUAGGUGCAGCGUUUGUCAAAUUGAAGAGGAGACACUUCAGCACGUCCUCUGGAGCUGUAGUUUUGCGCAAAAAGCUUGGAACUGGAUAGCAGGUAUUUUCAAUAUAAAACCUUAUUAUGAUUUGAUCACGUCUUACAAUGGAGCUAGGCUUCAAAGUGGCAUUGUUAGGGAUUUGUGGCUGGUAGCAAAUUUGGCUGUGCGAUCUGAACUUUGGUUCACUAGAAAUAAGAAGGUAUAUGAGAAGAAAGUUCCUUGCUGGUCCUUUUUCCAAAAACGAGUGUUCAAUUUGAUGCAUGAAUACUCAGUUAGAAUGAAGAGUUUUAUGUUCAAUACGGUAGCAGAUUUGAGAAUUUUGGAUUUCUUUCGUGUUAAGCAUAGGAAAGUGAAGAUUUCAGAUCCAAAGGAGUGUUAUUGGACGCCUCCUAAUAACAAUGAAUUGCUGUUGUGUACUGAUGGUGCCUCAAGAGGAAACCCGGGAGUGGCAGGGGCUGGUGUUGUGGCUAGAAAUGCGAGUUCGGAAGUGGUAGGGGCAAUGUGUAUUGGCUUAGGAAUUGCGACUAACUAUAUGGCUGAGUUAUAUGGUAUUAUUUUUGAACACACUUUUCGUGAAGCGAAUUUUGCUGCGGAUGGAAUGGCUAAGCGUGGUUAG